AUGGAAGAUUUGGACGUAGGAGGCUACGUAAACACCGCCAACCUACGAACAAUUGGGAUGUUGGCGGCCAACCAGACAAUUGUGGCCUCUAACCUCCAGGGUCUGCAAUGCGAGAAGGACCCAGCCUUGAGGGAGGAGCUGUCUCUAAUCCAUAUCGAGGUCGUGGAGGCCGCGGCCUGGGCGGACGCGGCGAAAAAGAAGAGGGAGCAGGCCCAACAAACUGAGAGGGUCGCCUCCGAGGAGCUGGAUGCCCUCUUUGAAGAGUCCCAGUCGAACACGGGGGCUCUUGGGGCUAGUAUAUCGGGGCAAGACGAUUCCAACAUGUCCAAUCCUGUGGCCAAGAUGAAGCAGGCCAUGGAAGCCCAGGAGACCAAGGCCAGGGCGUCGGCGAAGAAAGCCGCCAAAGGUGUGCCCAAGAACAAGAUGUUGGAUUUGAUCCUUGGGGGCUCGGUGUCUGAGGCAGAUGCUGUCGGGGCGGCUCCAACCGCGAUCCUUCUUACGACGGACGCCUUACUGGCCCAUUGGAAUGCCGACUUGGUGGCAGAGAUGGCGAUGAGGCAGAAGACGGGCCAAUUGGAAUUAGAGGGGGCUAUGAACCAAUGGGAAGCCACUAGGGAAUCCCUGGCCAAGGAGGUUGCUCAAGCCAAAGCGGACCGCAAGGAGGCCGCCCGGGCUCGGUUGCAACUUGAAGAGACUCUGUCCCGAAAGGAAGCCGACCACAAAAAGUUGGUGGAUAGCUUAGAGGCGAAACUUCAUCGUGUUCGGGGCUCUGAGGCAUCAUCUAAGAACCUCCUGGAGGCCGCUGAAGCCCAAUCUCACCAGGAUCAGGAGAAGAUCACCACUCUAUCCAGGUCCUGGACAAUCUGCUUCAGCAAGAGGUGA